AUGUUUAUUAUUACUAUAAUUACAGUUCCUGUAUCUAGUGUAGAAAACACCAAUAAAAAUGAAGAUCUUAUUAAAGAUAGAACUGUCAAUUUAGAAUGUAAAACAACUGGAGGAUAUCCUCUACCAAAUAUCACGUGGUCUAUUGAUACUAGAAUAUUGAUGACGUCAGUUAAUACAACUACCAGUAGUUUAUCAUAUCAACCUGUUGUAUCAGAUCAGGGUCAAAGGUUACAAUGUUCAGCUACCAAUGGUUAUGGUCAAUCUCAAACAGAUUCAUUUCAACUUGAUAUUAAGUUUGUGGCGUUGUUAACGCGUAAGAUUAUCAGGACCACAAAACCAAAAACAUUAGAACAGCGUUCACACAGAUUUUAUUAA